GCAGCAGUAGCAGCGGACGCACGGUCUGAGAGUCUCCUGGUGUGGAGCAGCAGCAGCAGGAGGAGGAGAGGGAGGAAGAAGGAUUGCAGCAGCGAUCACUCCACACCAUCUCCCCCUCCCCCCCCAAAGCACACCCAAUCCCCCACCCUCCCUCCUGCGUGCCAACCUUUCCCAGAUUGUCUCUCCCUGUAACAGGAGGAGGAGGGUGGGGGCUGUUGGAGAUACAGAGAGGGAUCUCCCCCUUCACUCGAUCCGGCCAAACUUUCCCUCUUUGCAACCUCCCCCUGCCCAGCAUCACUUCAGAACAGCAAUUAGCUCCUUGGAUGGAGAGGUUGCAAGUUCUUCAGCUACAGCAAAAAAAGUUUAUAUAUUAAAAGAAAAGAAAGCCAUCAAACUAAAGCCAGUCUGGAGCCACUUUGACAGAAGCAAGACCCCCAUCAAUUGCAACACACGGAUUAAAAGUGGAGCGGGGGAGUUUGGCUGUGUACAAGUUUUUAUUUAAUUUCACCAAAAUUUCGCAUUUCAAUGAGUGCCUGGAAGUUUUGAGCAAGUUUGAUGUCCGGUCUGAAGCUUGUGAAGGGUUUUACUCCGGGAGAGGCGGAGGGCUGUGUCGGGUUCAGGAGGCUCCCAGGAUUUGGUUUGACCCUCUCUCUCUCUCUGUCUGCCUGUGUGCCUGACAGCACCGGGGACUGAGAUCUCCGUUCUUUCCGCCGCUGCCCUGGGCUGGGGUCUGGGGGGAGGUGCUGAGGGGGCUCUCUCUACCAUCAGCACCACCCACCUCGCCCUCCACCCACCCCAGCCGCACCUCGCCCUCCACCAACUGCAGGGGUUUUGUGGAUGCGGACAGGAUCUACCUGGGAGAACGGGAAGGUUUUGUCUUUCCGAGCUGCAAUUUGACAAUGUGGAGGAAGCCCGUGCCGGAGACCUGCCUUUUGGUGGCUUUUUUACUUCUGAACAGGGCAGCAACGCGAGCACAAGAUGAUGUACCACCUUAUUUUAAAACUGAGCCCAUUCGAUCACAGAUCCACUUGGAAGGAAACCGCUUGGUCCUGACAUGUAUGGCAGAAGGGAGCUGGCCUUUGGAAUUCAAAUGGUUAUACAACAAUACAGAGCUCACUCACUUCUCUCUGGAGUACAGAUACCUGAUUCCAUCAUUGGAUCGAUCCCAUGCUGGCUUCUACCGUUGCAUAGUGAGGAAUCGGCUCGGAGCACUGAUGCAGAGAAGGACAGAAGUCCAGGUGGCAUAUAUGGCAAACUUUGAGAGUGGUGAAAAACAUCUCAGUGUCUCCCAGGGAAAUGCUGCAGUUGUCAGGGCACCAAGAAUUUCUACCUUUCCCCGUCCCCAAGUCACAUGGUUCAGAGAUGGCCGAAAAAUCUCACCCAACAGUCGCAUAGCUAUUACGAUGGAAAACACACUUGUCAUCUUGUCAACAGUGGCACCUGACACAGGAAGAUACUAUGUCCAGGCAGUAAAUGACAAAAAUGGAGAAAACAAAACCAGCCAGCCCAUUACCUUAACUGUAGAAAAUACAGGUGCUCCGGCAGAUCCUAUAGCUCCAGUUAUAAUCAUCCCGCCAAAAAAUACAAGUGUAAUCUUCGGGUUUCCUGAGGUUACGAUGGAAUGUGUGGCCAAUGCCAGGCCACUAAUUAAGCUAAGUAUUAUCUGGAAGAAAGAUGGGGUGCCGUUCAGAAGUGGGUUCAGUGAUUACCACCGGAAACUGACCAUCCUAAAUCCAAAAAUACGUGAUGCUGGGUUCUAUGAAUGUGAAGCCAUUCUCCGAAGCAGCAGUGUUCCUUCAGUUAGUGCAGGGGCCUUUUUGUCAGUACUGGAACCGCCACAACUAAUCGUGGAACCAGAGCGUCACAUGACAGCUGAGAUAGAGAAAGUCGUAGAUAUUCCGUGUCAGGCUCAAGGUGUCCCAUUGCCAGUGAUAUUCUGGUAUAAAGAUGCAACGUUGAUCUCAAGGUUAAAUGUACCCAGAUAUAGGAUGCUGUCCAAUGGCAGCCUACAGAUCAGUGGACUGAUGCCUGAUGACACUGGCAUGUUCCAAUGCUUUGCUAGAAAUGAAGCUGGUGAGGUGCAAACUUUCACCUAUCUUGCUGUUACCAGCAUUCCUCCCAACAUUACGAAGGGACCAUCAGACAGCACAGUGAUUGAUGGGUUAUCAGUCAUUCUUUCUUGUGAAACAUCAGGGGCACCGCGGCCAGCAAUCACCUGGCAAAGAGGAGAGAAAGUACUUGCCAGUGGGUCUGUCCAAUUACCUCGCUUUACACUGCUGGAAUCUGGCAGCCUGCUUAUCAGCCCUUCCCACAUCUCAGAUGCUGGGAGUUACACAUGUCUGGCUACUAAUUCUCGAGGAGUGGAUGAGGCUUCUGGAGAUCUCAUUGUGUGGGCUCGCACACGUAUCACAAAUCCCCCACAGGAACAAAGUGUAAUCAAAGGAACCAUGGCAGUCCUAACCUGCGGUGUGACCCAUGACUCCAAUGUUGUAAUCAGGCAUGUGUGGCAGAAGGAUGGGGCUGUAAUUGAUGUUAAUGCCAUCCCACGUAUGAGAGUUGAUGAAGCAGGAACAUUGUAUAUCUCUCAGACCUGGUCAGGAGAUAUUGGAUUGUACACCUGCAAAGUGCUAUCAGUAGGAGGAAAUGAUUCUCGCAGUGCUCAAGUCAGAGUCAGACAGCUCCCACAUGCUCCAGAGAAUUUGGCAGCCCAGCUGAGUACCAGUGAAAAGAGAGCCAUUUCCCUGACAUGGUCAAAAGCAUUUGAUGGCAAUAGCCCCUUGAUUCACUACAUCUUGGAAGUGUCUGAAAACAAUUCCCCUUGGACUGUUCACCUGAUGAAUGUUAAUCCAGAAUCAGUGGGCCUGAUGGUCAGAGGACUCAUUCCAGCCAGGUCUUAUCAGUUCCGUAUCUGUGCUGUGAAUGAUGUUGGAAAGGGCCAAUACAGCAGAGAGACCGAGAGGUUGUCACUACCUGAAGAACCUCCAAGCGCAUCUCCACAAAAUGUCAUUGCAAGUGGCAGAACUAAUCAAUCGAUCAUGAUUCAAUGGCAGCCGCCCCCAGAGAACCAUCAGAAUGGGGCCUUGAAGGGUUACAUUAUCAGGUACUGUUUGGCAGGUUUACCUGUGGAGCACCAAUAUAAAAAUAUCACUAGUCCUGAUGUUAAUAAUUUCUUACUGGAAGACCUCAUCAUUUGGACCAAUUAUGAGAUUGCUGUUGCAUCGUAUAAUGGGGCUGGACUAGGAAUUUAUAGCCCAACUGUCACUGAGUGGACCCUGCAAGGAGUUCCUACAGUGCCUCCAGGAAAUGUGCAUGCUGAAGCCAUUAAUUCCACUACCAUUCGAUUCACAUGGACACCUCCCAGUCCUCAGUUUAUUAAUGGGAUUAACCAAGGUUACAAGCUGUUGGCUUGGGAGCCUGGUCAGAGUGAAGACUUCACAAUGGUAACAGUCCAACCAAAUUUCCAGGAUAUGGUCCAUGUUGGGUACAUCCGAGGCUUGAAGAAGUUUACAGAAUAUUACACUUCAGUGCUAUGUUUCACUACACCAGGUGAUGGCCCCAGGAGUCCAGCUCAUCUUCUGCGCACACAUGAAGAUUAUCCUGGUCCAAUUGGACAUCUCAGUUUCACAGAGAUCCUGGACACCUCUUUGAAAGUCAGCUGGAGAGAACCACACGAGAAAAAUGGAAUUCUCACAGGUUAUCGCAUUUCAUGGGAAGAGUAUAAUCGUACUAACACACGUGUGACCCACUACUUACCUAAUGUGACAUUAGAGUACCGUGUUACUGGACUGACUGCUCUCACGACAUAUACCAUUGAAGUAGCAGCCAUGACGUCUAAGGGACAGGGUCAGACCUCCUCAUCUACCAUAUCCUCAGGGGUUCCUCCAGAAUUGCCUGGGUGUCCCACCAAUAUAGCCAUCUCGAACAUUGGUCCUCGCACAGUAACUCUUCAGUUUAGACCUGGCUAUGAUGGUAAAACCUCCAUUUCCCGGUGGCUGGUGGAAGCUCAGGUUGGUGUGAUAGGCGAUCAUGAAGAGUGGCUUCUUGUUCAUCAGGUGGCCAAUAAGCCUGAUGCUCGAUCACUGGAGGUUCCCAACCUCAAUCCAUUCACACAUUACAGAUUUCGCAUGCGACAAGUCAACAUUGUUGGAACAAGUCUGCCAAGUCAGUUAUCACGCAAAAUUCAAACCCUGCAGGCCCCACCUGACAUGGCUCCUGCCAAUGUGACCCUGCGUACAGCAAGUGAGACAAGCCUCUGGCUCCGCUGGGUGCCAUUGCCUGAGUCAGAGUAUAAUGGGAAUCAGGAAUCGGUCGGAUAUAAAAUAAAAUAUGGGAAGUCAGAUGGAAAUGGAUCCACUCUCACACACAUUAUCCACGACCGGAUCGAGCGGGAAUUCACUAUCGAGGACCUAGAGGAGUGGACUGAAUACAGAGUACACGUUCAAGCAUUUAACGCUAUUGGUUCUGGACCAUGGAGUCAAGAAGUCAGGGGUCGCACAAGAGAGUCAGUUCCUUCAUCUGGACCAACAAAUGUUUCGUCUCUUGCUCUUAAUUCAAAUAGUAUCCUCGUCAGAUGGAAUCAGGUCCCCCAACAAGAUCGCAAUGGACUCGUCCUUGGUUAUAAGGUCUUAUACAAGGAAAAGGACUUGGAGACUCCUAUGCAGAUCCAGACCAUUGAAGGCAACACCACGUACACUGUACAACUUACUGAGUUAGGGAAAUAUGUGUUGUAUGAGAUCCAAGUCCUUGCUUUUACCAGAAUUGGAGAUGGAAUACCAAGCUUCCCACCCAUUCUUGAGAGAACUCUGGAUGAUGUGCCUGGACCCCCUGUAGGAAUCCUGUUUCCAGAAGUUCGGACAACAUCUGUGCGUCUCGUCUGGCAGCCUCCAGUAGAACCCAAUGGGAUCAUUCUGGCUUAUCAAAUAACAUACCGACUAAACACCAGCAACACAAAUACUGCUACUGUGGAUGUGUUGAACCCAAGUACCCGACAAUAUACAGCAACUGGGCUAAAACCAGAAUGCAGUUAUGUCUUCCGUAUUACAGCUCAGACGCGCAAAGGGUGGGGUGAAGCAGCAGAAGCCUUGGUGGUAACAACAGAAAAGAGAGUUCGUCCACAGCCUCCCAGCAAACCUAUCAUACAACAGCAAGAUGUACAGUCACGGAAUGUGCUGUUGUCCUGGGAACCAGGCAGUGAUGGACUGUCUCCAGUUAGGUACUACACUAUCCAAACUCUUGAGCUUCCUAAUGGAAACUGGUCACUCCACUCAGCUUCUGUGAGCCACGAGUCUACUACAUAUCUUGUAGACAAGCUAAACCCCUUCACCUCAUACAAGUUUCGUGUGAAAGCAACAAAUGACAUCGGAGACAGCGAAUAUAGCGAGGAGUCUGACUCUGUCACAACGCUACAGGCCGCACCAGAUGAGCCACCUGAAAUUCUUUCUGUGACACCACAUACCACAACCUCAGUAAUGAUUCGUUGGCAGGCUCCUGCAGAAGAGAAAAUUAAUGGAAUCCUUCUAGGUUAUCGGAUUCGCUACCGAGAAUUAGUUUAUGACAGCUACAGAAGCUUUACCCUUCGCAGCGUGAACAGUCCCAAUGCUAAAUGGUCUGAACUUACACCUGUAUAUAAUGUUCGGAACCUGAGUGACUCCACACUAGCACAAUAUGAACUGGACAAUCUGAGCAAGCAUAGGCGAUAUGAAAUCCGAAUGAGCGUCUACAAUGCAGUGGGGGAGGGACCUACCAGCCCACCUCAAGAAGUAUUCGUAGGCGAAGCAGUUCCCACUGCGCCAGCUCAAAAUGUGCAGGUGCAAAGCUCAACAGCAACACAGCUGGACCUGACCUGGGAGCCUCCUCCACCUGAAGCACAGAAUGGGGACAUACAAGGAUAUAAGAUUUACUAUUGGGAAUUCCAGCGACAAAAUGAGACAGAAAAACUGAAGACCCUUUUCCUCCCUGAAACCAAUGUGAAGCUGAAGAAUCUAACAGGAUACACUACCUACCUGAUCAGUGUGAGUGCAUUUAAUGCUGCUGGCGAUGGUCCUCGAAGUAUACCUAUCAGGAGCCGGACACAACAGGCAGCUCCAAGCGCUCCAAGCUACAUUCGAUUCAGUGAACUUACAACAACCUCUGUGAAUGUAUCCUGGGGAGCCCCAAAAUAUCCAAAUGGAAUAAUUGAAGGAUAUCGACUAGUUUAUGAGCCUUGCACACCUGUUGAUGGAGUCAGUAAGAUUGUAACUGUGGAUGUGAAGGGAAAUACUCCUCGAUGGAUGAAAAUUAAAGACCUGUCAGAUGGUGUGACUUACACUUAUCGAAUAAAAGCAAAAACAUACACGUAUGGACCAGAAGUUGAGGCAAAUAUUACCACUGGACCUGGAGAAGGUGCUCCUGGUCCUCCAGGUGAGCCAUUGAUCUACAGGUAUGGAUCAGCCAUUACGAUUCAUUGGUCCAGUGGAGAUGCUGGCAAGGCACCAAUUAGCCGAUAUGUCAUUGAGGCAAGGCCAUCAGAUGAAGGAUUGUGGGACAUUCUAAUUAAGGAUGUUCCAAAGGAAGUAACCUCAUACACAUUUGGCAUGGAUAUCUUGAAACAGGGUGUGAGCUAUGAUUUCCGAGUGAUUGCAGUGAAUGAUUAUGGAUAUGGAACACCCAGCUCCCCUUCACCAUCUGUUUCAGCCCAGAAUUCAGCCCCAUUUUAUGAGGAAUGGUGGUUCUUGGUGGUUAUUGCCUUGGUUGGACUCAUCUUCAUUCUUCUCUUGGUGUUUGUGCUAAUUAUCCGUGGACAAAGCAAAAAAUAUACAAAAAAAACAGAUUCUGGAAAUAACACAAAGACUAGUGCCUUGGCUCAUGAAGAAAUCAUGAGCCUCGACAAUGGACGGUUUCCAGCACUGGAACUCAACAACAGGCGACUUUCAGUGAAGAAUUCCUUCUGUAGAAAGAAUGGCAUCUACAACAGGUCUCCACCACGGCCAAGUCCCGGUAGCCUCCAUUAUUCAGAUGAGGAUGUCAGCACAAAAUAUAAUGACCUAAUCCCAGCAGAGAGCAGCAGCCUGACCGAGAAGCCUUCCCUAUCAGACUCUCAGGGAAGUGACAGUGAAUGUGAAGUUGAUCAAAACAGACCGAAGACACAUUCUUUUGUUAAUCACUACAUAAGCGAUCCUACGUAUUACAACUCAUGGCGACGGCAGCAGAAAGGCAUUUCAAGAAUUCAGGCCUACGAUUACACAGAGAGUGAAUCAGGUGAUCCAGUUCAUAAUCAUCAACCUUCCACUAAUUUGACCAGCAGCAUCCAUGUACCUCCGGCCACACAGCAAGGCAGCCUCUACCGAGCUAAACGGAGUCUAACACCCACACCCCAACAUCCCUCCAAUAAUACCAGCCAGUCAAGCACCCUGUAUCGGCCUGCUAGCAGCCUCGCACCAGGAUCCAGAACCCCGCUAGCAGGAUUUUCUUCUUUUGUUUGAACUAUGCUGAAAGGUAUUUUCUUCUUAAUUCUGAAGUAUUAUUGUGUGGAAGACAAUCACAAAUCUGCUAUUUACAAACGUGCAGAUUUUAUUUACUGGAAAAACAAGACUGCAAGGGAUAAAAACCAUCAGACCAUCCUGUAAAACAUUCUGUCAUGGUCUGAAGAGAAAGUGGUCUCCAGCAAUUAUAAAAGAAUGGAGGGGCAGACAGUUUGCCACAAAGAAUUAGUCUUGCUAUCCAAUGGGCUUACAUUUUGAUCAGCUGAGAAGUGUAUGAAUCUCAUGUAUGUCUAUAGAUAUUGGUAAAAAAACACAACUUGAUGCCAUAGUAGUCAAUUGGCGAAGUCAAAAAAUCUGGGGGCUGUUGUGCCCAUUAUAUAUAAAACCAACAGUUCUAAUUUAGUUGCUAUCCUUGCUAUUUGCAACUAUUUUUAUUGAUUGGUUUUCACUUUAUUACUGCUGCAUGACUGCUACAGUGUGACUCCUCAAUAAGCUUGUAUAAUUUACCUAUCAUCAAAUGCUGUAAUGCUGAUAAGUUUAACAUUUAAAAAAAAUAUUUUCAUUGGACAAAUUUUCAGAUUCAUAUCUGAUGUUUUAAAAAAAUCUGCCUUUUCUUUGUCUGUUAACUUGUGAGUUGUCAUUCACCAAAACAAAAACUGCAUGAAUCACAAGACAAUAUUGGCCAUGUUUUUGUAAAGUCAUAGUCAUUGUACUACAAGACUUCUUUCUUAGUAGUUUCUAACAAAAUGCAAUGUUUUUCUCAAAUGUGAGGCAAGCGAUUCAGUUUGGUGUUUCUAGCAGGAGAAAUGUCAAUGAGAUAGCUCACCUGGAGAACUUAAUGGGUGAAGUUUGUCAGUAAAUUUUCUUUCACAGUGUAACUGUUUGCACUGCAAAGAUUCCCCUUUUCUAAUGGCAUAAAUCUGGAACAUUUGGCUUUAGCUGGUAAAUUUCUUUUUCCCAUUUAUUCUAUCCCUAAAUUUAACUGGUUACAAAAAUAGUAUCAAAUAUAAAUGAGUUAAUAAUGUCAAAUUUCUCAAUGUUAAUAAAUUCAAAAAUAAUUUAGGCAUGAAUUUGACCAAGUCCAAUUAUCAGUCUCAUGCCAUUUUGACUUUGUAAAAAGUCAAGUAUGAUGGUUUCUCCUUUCAACAAGAAUGACAGGAUAAUAUCUUAUUGGGCCAUUGCAUUAGAUGUGAAUAGGGGCAAUCGCAUUAUAUGGAAGCAUGAUGAUUGUUAUGCAGAACAACAUUUAGUUAUGUGGACAUAUUGUUCUAAUGAUGAACAAUAAGAUAGGAGUCAUAUAUGGGGUUAUUCUUGUUUCUGUAAAACAAUAAUGUAAUAACUGAAGGAGUCACUGGCAGUCACCAUUUCUUUUUCUUAUAACAGUUCUUAGCAAAUUUGCCAAGUUAAUGCUACAAGGAAAGCAAUUGAACCCUUGGGGAAAAAUAAUUCGUACAGAUCACAUUAUGGACUUUCAAAACAUAAUGUAGUUGGACACCUGACCUUCUAUUACUUUUUAUUUCCCAAAUCAGUUUAAUCUUUGUUAUUUUUUUCUGCUUAUAAAAACAUGAUUCAGCACAGCAGUGAUUUUAAUCUGCCCAGAAUGAUGAGAUAUAUAGUGAUUCUUAGUUAAAAAAGUCAGACGCCAUGUUAUCAACAGACCACCUCCAUAUUUAGGUUGAACUUGAUUUGCAAUGUUAGAGGAGUAUGUAUCUUUGAAUACCAACAGAGUGUUCUUUAGCAUGGUAUUUCCUGGCAUGAGGGUGGAUUCUGGCCUUCAGGUCAGUGUGUGUAUAGUCAUUUGUAUCAAAUAUUGAUGUUUAUUAUGAAAAGAAAACAGGAAAACUUAAUGAUGGUCCUAACAUAUAUAUAUAGAAGAUAUCAUGAUGUGGUCCUGGCCCAGUGGGAUCUUUUCCAAGUACUAAUAUUUUGUUUCUGCAAAUUAGUAACAUAAAAAUACAGCAUACACUAUACAAGUGGAUGCAGAUCAUAUUAGUGUAGCAAUAGUGCAUAAUUAAAUAAAUCAAUACACAAAUUAUAAACUUACUUUGUGGCCAGAUCUCUCACAUCAUUGGCCAACGUCAGUCUCCAAACUAAAUGUCUAAUUAAGAUGCCAAUCUGUAUCAGGAAAACAUAACUCUAAUCAAUAUUUAAAAUUGAUACCAAAGCUAGGAAGUUUGCAGAACCAUAAGGAAUGCAACUAUUGAAUUAGUGGCAGUGGAUAUUCCAUACUGAAGCAACAACUGCAACUGGAUGAAAACAGAAUUACACUUUUUAAAAUAAUUGAGGUUUAAUGAGAUAUGUCUCUAUGAAAUAGGUACUCCUGAUAGCAGCCAAGAGUUACAACAUAGAGUUAAAAGGAAGCUAUCUAUUAAUAUGAUAGCAACUUUUAAAUUCAAUGUCAAUUCUUCACAAUGGUUGAGGUUUUGUUUCAGUCAGUUAGAAAAGUUAUAUCACAAUUGGCAUAACUUUGCAAGGAAGCAACAACAUAUUUAGGUAUAGAAAUACAUAUUUAUAUUACAUAUAUAGAAACCCACAUAAGCAGAUAUUUGUCUUUCCUAUUUCAUAAUUAUCACAAAAAUGAUUUCCAAUGACAACUUUCUUUUUCUAAGAAAUACUUAAGUCAGGGGCCACAAUCCACUGUGCAAAAUACACAAAGAUUAAGAAGAAAAUGGGGAAAAAAACAAGUGAAGAGAUAAUAAUCAGUUAAUGUAAAGUUCAGUUUUUAUAAAGCAAUAGAUUAGCAGGUGGAAGAUAGGCUGAGGAAGGAAUGUUUUCCACAAUUUUAGGAUGCUGAGGAGACUGCGUUAGGUAAAGGAGGAGACAAUGGGACUAGUCCUUAAAUAACAAAGGCCCAGCUCACAUUCAUGACCAUUACACCUAUCCACAGACCAAUUGUGAGUCUUUGAGUGUCAAUUUAAUUGAAAGAAGUCAUGUUCAACACAGUGCUGUCUACAGGAAAUAUGUGGUUAUGUCCUUUCAGCUAAUCAGAUUGAAGAAUCUCCAUUGAGCCAUGCAAAACAUAAACUUGUAAGUAUAUUAUUAAAAUAUAUAAUUUAAUGUGAAAUAAUGUCUAGAAAACAAAGUAAAGUGAGGUAAAAAAUGCACUAAGAGAAAUAAGAAACAAAGAGAAGGUAAACAGGUGGUUUUUAAAAAUUUGUUUAUGGAGUAUGGUGUUGCUGGCUUGGCAAGCAUUAAUUGCCAUUUCUAAUUGUCCUGAGGGCAGUUGAGAAUCAACCACAUUGCUGUGGGUGUGGUGUCACAUAUAGACCAGACUAGGUAAGGAUGGCAGA